UACGAUUCACCUACAAUUAUCAUGAUGUUCCGAUCAUGUUCCAACAAGUAGGAAGAAUCAGUGGCAAAUCAACAACGGCAUGGUUAAUUGACGAAGAUUAUAAUGUGCUCCAAACAUUUUUACUACUCAACCUUGAAGAAUUUACACCGUAUGAAAGGAUGUUUGAAGAGUAUAUAACGCUUAACAUCUCAAAUAUUACAUCUGACGCAAUGACGAGAGCAAAAAACGAACAAUUUGCAGAGUGGUUUAAAAACUAUGUAAGAGUUAAAAUU